AUGAAAAAUACAGUUAUUUUGUUGUACAAAUGGAGGAUUGUAAUAUAUUUGGUUAUACUCUGUUGUCUGUAUAUAUUCCUUUGGUGUCUGACGCCUUCCGAGUUUGUUUCAGAAUUUAUAAAGACUGACGAACCUCACGAGUGUGUCGCAGAUCGCCUUAAACCAUUUGCAAAAAAAUUAAAGGAUCUAGACGCAUUUAUAAUUCAGCCGGAAAACACACAGAACAGUCUUCUUACAUUUACGGGAAAUGGUUUCAUUGGUUGUUCCUUUCAAGAACAUAACAUAUUGAUUCACAACAACGGGUUUUUAUCUCAAAGCACCAAGAUACCUGCACUGAUCACACUAGAUGUUCAUGGAUAUGUUAAUUUCAAAGCACUACUACUGGAUAUCCGGGACGGAUUGAUGCAUAAAAUGAGCUGUUUCAAGCAUGUGAAUGAACUAUGUGUAUCUUCAGGUACAACGGUGUACGCUCAUCGUCGCUAUCCAAGCCUUCUGAUUCAAACAUUUCGUGUCUACAAUCCUAUGGACUGGGAUAACACUGUCAAAAUUGAUAAAGGUAACCUAAGGAAUUGGACAGAACUUGUUUCCUUACGUUUUAUUCGACUUCAACAAAAAAGUGAAUUCAAGAAUCAUGUUACAGAAGAAGUUACAUAUCAAAUUGCAUGUGGAUUAAUACAUUUACCUAUAUCAGAUAAUAUUAAAAUAAAUGAUCAUAAUCAAAUUAUAGCAAAAGUAUUAGUAGUUGUUGUAUAUGAACCAGUAUUUCCAGAAAAUUUAACUGUAUUAUCUGGAUCAGCACAAUCGUAUACUUUUAUUACUGGUAUCCGCAUAUCAGAUCAACCAAUAUUGAUUACAGAGCAUGAUUUAAUUCAAUUAAAAUCAGAUCUUGGCCAUUUGGCCAAAGAACGAACACGAUUGGAAUCGUUAAUUUCAUCUGAAUUAAUGUUUGCCUUGAGUUAUCCAGAAAAAGAAUUACGUAAAGAGCAUACUGAUGCUUGGAAUUUCUUAUGGACAUCAGGGAUAACUAUUAGUCAUUCAUAUGCUCCUGGAGUUGUAAAUGCAAAAGAUAUUAAUACAACAUUAUAUUAUAUUGCAUCAAAUAGUCCAGAUUUAUUAUCCACACAAUCCUCAAUGAAUAACUCAAUUAUAAAUGAAUAUAAAGUUCGAUAUAACGAUUAUAAUCAGUGUUUUCGAGGAACGUAUACUUUGCAAACAAAUUCAUUAUGGCAACCUGUUACAUCACUUUCAUCUAUGCAGAAUUUAAUACGAUCAUGGCGUCAUACAUUAAUUGAUGGUGGAUGUGAGAAAUUACUUCAAUCUGGUGUUUAUGGUGUUCAUCAGGCUGUACUUCGUAGUAUCGGUUCGUUCUACGUAGGUUAUGAUCAUAUAUCAUUUGAUUAUCCAUCAAAUUCAUUGUAUCGUGAUAUUCUAUUCCGUCGAAUUCAUUUAAAUAAACCAGGUGUAUAUGCAAAUUUUGAAAUACGUCUAUUAUCUCGUGAAGGUAGUAUUAGUUCACCACAUUUAAUGGCUGUUGAAUUAUCUGUAUGGCGUUCUCCAAAUCUUUCAACAUUAUUAUCCUCAUUAUUAUCUAAUAAUGUAUAUGAAAAUAGUAAUUCCAUUCUUCAAGCUAUAAAUUUCUUUAUUAAAUUAGAGAAUGAUGCAUUAAAUAGUUCACUUUAUGUUUGUCCAGCUGCUUGUUAUUCAACACCAGUUCUAGUCAAGACUAAUAGACUCGUCGUGCCAUUUACCAUAAGUAUACCGCCUACAGCACUAAUGUAUCUUGGAACUGAACUCGAAGAGCUCAAGAAGUACAGUCAGACCCUACGUUAUGUUAAAAUAUCUCCCGGUCCAGCACCCAGACAUGAUAUAAUUACAUUGCAUAGACAUGGACAUGCAUUCGGCGGGUUACCUUGGCUUUUUUGGAUUAGUUUGGUUUUACUGAUCGCUAUUUUUCACAUGUUUUUCUGUAAAAUCAUAUACAACGAACUGCGAAAUAAAAACCAGAAGUUUGAACCUCAUAAUCCCUGGAAGUUACCACGAUAUGCCUCUGACUUGAUCUCCUCAGCAGGCCUUGAAACUAAAGUCCUUAGAAACACUCAGAUAUCAAGACGAAGAAUAGUUGAUUUAGACACUGUCCCUUGA